GAGCCACCAUGUUCUUCUCCUUCUAACCGCUCAAAACUGCAAAUUUUCCAUUUUCGCAAAUAAGUAAGCCUUGCUGGAGUUCAGUUCUGCUAGCGAGUAGUUUGUUCUCCUAUGUCCGAGAUUCAGAAGAAGAAGAAUUUCUAGCACACUAUAAAAUUCAAAUUUCUGGAGGAUCUGGAGCUUGGCCUUGACCUUGAUGGACAUUCUCUUCGCUCAGAUCCAAGCCGAUCUUCGCUCCAACGAUGCACUCCGCCAGUCCGGCGCUCUCCUCCAAGCCCUCCAGCAGUCCGCUGCUGGCCGAGACAUCUCCGUCAUCGCCAAGUCCGCCGUCGAGGAGAUCGUAGCCGCGCCGGCCUCUGCUGUAUGCAAGAAGCUCGCUUUCGACCUCAUUCGCUCCACGCGCCUCACUGCCGAUCUCUGGGACACAGUCUGCACAGGCAUACGCACGGAUUUCGAGUUUCCCGAUCCCGACGUCACAGCCGCCGCCGUCUCCAUCCUCGCCGCAAUCCCUUCGUAUCGUCUCUCCGCCAUCAUUACCGACUCUAAUAAAGAAAUCAGCAACUGUUUCGAUUCGCCUAGCGAUAACCUCCGGUUCUCCAUUACUGAGACCUUGGGAUGCAUUCUGGCUCGAGACGACCUCGUUACGCUCUGCGAGAACAAUGUCAAUCUGCUUGAUAAGGUUUCCAACUGGUGGACUCGUAUAGGCCAGAAUAUGCUGGACAAAUCGGACAACGUCGCGAAGGUGGCGUUUGAAUCGGUCGGGAGGUUGUUUCAGGAAUUCGAUUCGAAGCGGAUGAGUAGACUGGCGGGAGACAAGCUGGUGGAUAGUGAGAAUUCGAUUGCAAUUAGGUCGAAUUGGGUUUCGUCAAUGGUGGACUUCGUUUGGAAGAAGCGCAACGAUUUGAUGGCGAGGUCGUUGGUCUUGCCGGUGGAGACUUUCAGGACCACGGUGUUUCCGAUUGUGUAUGCGGUCAAGGCCGUGGCUUCUGGGUCAGUUGAGCUUAUAAGGAAGCUAUCUAAAUCCUCUGGUGAUCCCAAGGGACCGGUUGUGGAUUCGACUGCGGAGAAAUUGGUGGGUGUUUCCGACGUGGUUACGCAUUUGGCGCCGUUCUUGGCAUCGUCUUUGGAGCCGGCUUUGAUCUUUGAAGUGGGGAUUAACAUGUUGUACUUGGCUGAUGUUCCUGGAGGUAAGCCUGAAUGGGCUUCGCAAUCCAUUAUUGCCAUUCUCACGCUUUGGGAUAGGCAAGAAUUCUCUUCCGCCAAGGAAAGUAUUGUCAGGGCUGUUGUUACGAAUUUGCAACUUCUCGAUCUUCAUAUGCAGGUUUCAUUGUUUAGGAGGUUGCUUCUGAUGGUGAGAAACCUGAGGGCAGAAUCAGACCGCAUGUAUGCUUUAGCAUGUAUUUGUCGGACAGCUCUUUGUGUUGAUCUAUUUGCAAAGGAAAGUGUCCGAAGAGGUCAGAAACCUCUUGCUGGGACUGAUAUUGCUUCGCUUUUUGAGGAUGUUAGAAUAAGAGAUGAUCUUAAUGCUGUAACAAGUAAAAGCUUAUUUAGGGAGGAGUUAGUGGCAUCAUUGGUAGAAAGUUGCUUUCAGCUGUCUCUACCAUUGCCUGAGCAAAAGAACUCUGGUACAGAGAGCAGGGUAAUAGGAGCUUUAGCAUAUGGAACUGGUUAUGGUGCACUAAAUUGGACAGAGCCUGCACUGGAAGUAGUGGAGGUUUGCAGGCCUUGUGUCAAAUGGGAUUGUGAUGGCAGGACCUAUGCAGUUGAUUGCUACUUAAAGUUGCUUGUUAGGCUGUGCCACAUCUAUGAUACAAGGGGAGGUGUGAAAAGAGUUAAAGAUGGGGCUUCUCAGGAUCAAAUUCUAAACGAGACAAGGUUGCAGAACUUGCAACGUGAACUUGUGAAAGAUUUACGUGAGGUGAAUACCCCAAGAAUAUGUGCCCGUGUUGUUUGGGCUGUCUCAGAACACAUAGAUGUAGAAGGUUUAGAUCCACUUCUGGCUGAUGACCCUGAGGAUCCACUGAACAUUAUUAUAUCAAAUAUCCAUAAGGUUUUGUACAAUGUAGAUUCAUCUGCAGAUUCAACUAAUAGGCUUCAAGAUGUCCAGGCAGUUCUUUUAUGUGCUCAGCGGUUGGGAUCUCGCCACCCAAGGGCUGGACAGUUAUUGACUAAAGAACUUGAGGAUUUUAGGAACGGUAACGUGGCUGAUUCUGUUAAUAAGCAUCAGUCACGUAUGAUAUUGCAGAGGAUCAAGUAUUCUUCAAACCAUCCAGACAACAGGUGGGCAGGGGUAAGUGAGGCCAGAGGCGAUUACCCAUUUAGCCACCACAAACUAACUGUUCAGUUCUAUGAAGCCUCUGCAGCUCAGGAUAGAAAGUUGGAAUCAUUGGUCCACAGUGCUAUUUUAGAGCUUUGGAGGCCACGUCCUAGUGAACUUGCCCUUCUGCUGACAAAAGGAGCUGACUCUACUUUACUCAAGGUUCCCCCUACUGCAAUCACUUUGACUGGUAGCAGUGAUCCCUGCUUUGUUGAAGCAUAUCAUUUAGCAGACUCUAGUGAUGGAAGGAUUACUCUGCAUUUGAAGGUCUUAAAUUUAACUGAGCUUGAACUAAACCGGGUGGAUAUUCGGGUUGGAUUACAUGGUGCAUUAUAUUUUAUGAACGGGUCUCCUCAAGCAGUACGACAGCUGCGUAAUCUAGUUUCACAGGAUCCAGUGCUGUGCAGUUUGACUGUGGGUGUUUCUCACUUUGAGAGAUGUUCCCUGUGGGUUCAAGUCUUAUACUACCCCUUUUAUGGUAGCGGUGGUGCUGGAGAUUAUGAAGGUGACUACACUGAAGAAGAUCCGCAGAUAAUGAGACAAAAGAGAAGCUUAAGGCCAGAACUUGGUGAACCUGUGAUUUUGAGGUGUCAACCAUACAAAAUUCCGCUAACUGAGCUUCUGUUACCUUAUCAGAUAUCACCGGUUGAGUUUUUCCGCCUAUGGCCUAGCUUACCUGCUUAUGUAGAGUUCACUGGUACAUAUACCUAUGAAGGAAGUGGUUUCAAAGCUACUGCUGCACAGCAGUAUGGUGCAUCUCCUUUCUUGAGUGGGCUAAAGUCCCUGGAAUCCAAGCCAUUUUAUAGAGUCUGCUCACAUAUCAUUCGGACAGUGGCAGGGUUUCAGGUUUGUUUUUCUGCAAAAACUUGGCAUGGAGGCUUCUUGGGCAUGAUGAUCUUCGGAGCUAGUGAAGUGAGCAGGAAUGUGGAUUUGGGUGAUGAAACAACCACUAUGAUGUGCAAAUUUGUUGUACGAGCUUCUGAUGCAUCAAUAACAAAGGAGAUUGGAUCAGAUCUACAGGGCUGGUGUGAUGACCUUACCGAUGGAGGUGUGGAAUAUGUGCCUGAGGAUGAAGUAAAGGCCUCUGCUGCUGAGAGGCUUAGGAUCUCAAUGGAACGAAUAGCUUUGCUAAAGGCAGCCCGGCCAAAGCCUAAGAUUCCUAAUCCUGAUGAUGAAGAAGAAAAUGAGGAUGGAGAGGAAGACGAGGAUAAAAAGAAGGAAAAGAAGAAAGAUGGUAAGGAAGAUGAUGAAAAGGGACCUUCAACCUUGUCAAAGUUAACUGCAGAGGAGGUUGAGCAUCUUUCUCUUCAAGCAGCUGUGCUCCAAGAGUGGCACAUACUGUGUAAAGAUAGAGGUACCAAAGCAAAUUAACCUCUGCAUUAUAUAUAUAUAUAUACAAUUAUAAUGAAGAAAAAUUUGAUUAUAUUUUUUUGUACUCGUGUAUUUUGGUUUUGGGUAUGUGAAUUAGUUAGGUGCUGAAAACCUGAUUCAGAGAAAAUUUGGUGUUUCUGUAAUAUCUUUUAUUAUUAGUUUUUUUCCCUUUAUAGGCCUUUAUUUAUUUAUUUUUUUUAGUGGGGGACUCGUAUAUAUUUGUACCGGCUAGUCACUGAUUGAUUUUUUUUUUUUGAGAGAUUAAUUGUUAUAUACGGGCAUUUUCAUUAGAGGCU